UGCGUGUUUAUAAAGCUGCAAUAUUAGGCCAACAACAUUUCAGUUGAUUCAAUUCUACGGAACGUUCCGGUUUGUGUGGAUCAUUCGUUGCUAAAAGCUGGUGUUAAAUAAAACAUAAAAUAUAUAAAAAUGGUUAUAAAAAAUCCGAAUAAUAUAUAUGUACCCGAUUAUUUGGAUGGGAACUUUUUCGUGGCCGCGCUCGAAGAAGGUUUGCGUGAAAUCCAAGUCACGGUUAAGGAAAUAACUUUCGAAUGGGGCAGCAACCCCGGUGAUAAUUACUGUUCACGCAUCUAUCGCGUCUCAAUUGCCUAUGAGCGGCUAGUUGACGAUGAUGAGCCGCCAGUACAAGAACAACGGUCGUUAAUCGUCAAAACUAUACCGAUUUCGAAAGACACACGUUUCCUUGAAGAUGUUGGGGUUUUUCUUAAGGAAAAAAUUACCUAUUUGGAUGUAUUGCCACGCCUGCAAAUACUUGUGGAUGGUCAAAAAUUUGGUGCUUCCUGCUAUUAUGCAAUCAAAGCACCCACUCGCACUAUUGUACUCUCUGACUUGAAACCCGAAGGCUUUGUGGUCGCCUCGCGACAGGACCAGCUCGAUUGGGCACACUGCGAAUUGAUCCUGCAACAAACGGCACGCCUGCAUGCCACUUCAAUGAUUUUAGCACAGCGAGAUCCCGACAUUACCAAGCGCCUUGCCAAUGGUAUGCUGAGCAAACAGACUAUCUUAAAGAGCGAUUCCUUUAAGCUCAUGUUCGGCGGUACCCUGAAGGAAUUGGCUAACAAUGCAGCCGAGUGGCCCGGUUAUGAAAAGAUCGCACAAAAAUUGCACCAUUUCCACGAUAAUUUCAAGCCCAUAUGCGCACAUUUAGCAGAUCGUCGUAAGGGCGAUCGUAUCGUUGUGAUGAAUCAUGGUGAUCUCUGGACAUCAAAUUUCAUGUACGCCUAUGAUGAUGCCAAGCAACCCGAGAAGCCAACGCGCGCUAUUUUUGUGGAUUUCCAACUUAAUUUCUAUGGUAGCCCUGCCUGCGAUCUCAACUUCUUUCUCAACACUAGCGUACGUCUGAAUGUGCUAAAGGAUCGACGAGACGAUCUUAUAAAUGUGUAUUACAAAACAUUCAAGGAGACGUUGGAAUUCCUUCAUUACGAGAAUAUACCGACUUUAGAAGAUCUAAAAUAUGAAUUGCGCGCUCGUGAACUUUACGGGCUUUUCGCUUUGUUCGGUUUUCUGCCCAUAGUUACUAUGCCAAAGGAGCUAUCCCACGAUAGCAGUAUUGAAAGUUUAGUAGAUGCUGAGGCCAGCCGUGCAAAGUACAAAAAAGUAUUUGCUCAAGAACGUUUACAAGCCCUGCUGAAAUAUGCGCUAAAGCGCUUGGAUGAUUUAGGGGUAUUGGACGAGUUUUAGCGCUGUGAAAAUGUGUAUAUGUAUACAUAUAAUACUAUAUUAACGUAGGAUUUAGAAAGCAUAAAGAAUUAUCUUAAGUCUAAAAGUAAUUUCACUAAAAAUAUAUAUUUUGUGUAACCAAAUAAUUUAAAUAAACAAAAAUAUGUCGAGACACAUAA